ACCUCACUAUAAACACUCUCCUCCAUAUAUCCCCAUGCAAAAUCAGCAUCUCUUAUCCUUCCAAUAUUUUUUUCUAUCCUCAUAUCCCAAUUUCUUUUCUUUUUCUUUUUACAUAUAUAAUUAUCAUAAUUCAUCUUGUUCUGCACCAAUACUCCAUCUUCUUCUCAGACCUUCUCAAGCCUCUAUUCCAUUUAUGGCUCAUGAAAUCGGGAUCGUCAAUUGCAAGUAUGGAGAGGUGUAUAUCUCGAACUCUCGAGGGUUAAAGCUCUUCACAUGCCGAUGGCUUCCACGGAAUCAAGACCCGAAGGCCCUCAUCUUCAUCUGCCACGGCUAUGCCAUGGAGUGCAGCAUAACCAUGAAAAGCACAGCCAUACGUCUGGUGAAUGCGGGUUAUGCCGUUCAUGGGAUGGAUUACGAGGGACAUGGGAAAUCGGAUGGGUUGCAAGGCUUGGUAAACUGUUUUGAUGACGUAGUCGAUGAUUGCUCAAACCAUUUCACAAGCGUUUGUGAGCAGGAAGAGAACAAAGAGAAGAUGAGAUAUCUGCUGGGAGAAUCCAUGGGAGGGGCAAUGGCUCUUUGCCUCCACAGAAAGAAGCCUGACUACUGGGACGGUGCUGUCUUGGUUGCCCCCAUGUGUAAGAUUGCAGAUCAAUUGAGGCCAAGUAAACUGGUGGUCGCAUUUCUGUCCAGACUAUGCAAUGUCAUUCCAUCUUGGAGAGUAGUUCCUACUUCCCAAGAUAUCAUCGAGCUCGCCUUCAAAGUUCCUGAAGUACGGGAACAGGUGAGAUCGAACCCGUAUUGCUAUAAAGGGCGGCCUCGGUUGAAAACCGGUUACGAGUGUAUGAGAAUAAGCAUGGAACUUGAAAAUAGACUCAGCGAGGUUUUGCUACCAUUCAUAGUUCUCCACGGAGAGGACGACAAAGUUACGGAUAUAUCUGUCAGCAAACUACUCCACAAACAAGCCUCGAGCACAGACAAGACACUGAAGACAUACCCCAGGAUGUGGCACGGGUUGCUGUAUGGUGAGGAGCCUGAGAACAUCAAUAUUGUCUUUUCGGACGUCAUUGGGUGGUUGGAUGAGAGAACUUCUGCAGGAAACUCAAGGCUUGAGGGGGAGCGGAAGUUGGCAGAAGAAGAUGAUGCCCUGAAGGCUAAGUAUUGAUCAGUCAUAUAUAAUAUAUAUAUAUAUAUAUAUAUAUAUAUAUAUAUGGCACUAGUACUCAACGCUUUCUUAGUUUAAUAUGUAACGUUUUGUAAAAAGAUCGCUGAUUGAAUCGAAUUCGACUGCUCGAUGUAUAGUUGAACAGUUCAACUACUUAUGCAAAUGCUCCGCUUUGUACCAAA